GUCGCCGCGAUGGACUGGCUGGCGGCGCCCCAGGACCGCCUGGUGGAGCAGCUGUUGUCGCCGCGGACCCAGGCCCAGAGGCGGCUCAAGGAUAUCGACAAGCAGUACGUGGGCUUCGCCACACUGCCCAACCAGGUGCACCGCAAGUCCGUGAAGAAGGGCUUCGACUUCACACUCAUGGUGGCAGGUGAGUCAGGCCUGGGGAAGUCCACGCUGGUCCACAGCCUCUUCCUUACUGACUUGUACAAGGACCGAAAGUUGCUCAGUGCUGAGGAACGCAUCAACCAGACAGUGGAGAUACUGAAGCACACAGUGGACAUUGAGGAGAAGGGCGUCAAGCUCAAGCUCACUAUUGUGGACACGCCAGGCUUCGGGGAUGCCGUCAACAACUCUGAGUGCUGGAAGCCCAUCACCGACUACGUAGACCAGCAGUUCGAGCAGUAUUUUAGGGAUGAGAGCGGCCUCAACCGCAAGAACAUCCAAGACAACCGGGUGCACUGCUGCCUGUACUUCAUCUCCCCCUUCGGGCAUGGGCUGCGACCAGUGGAUGUAGGCUUCAUGAAGGCAUUGCACGAGAAGGUGAACAUCGUGCCUCUUAUCGCCAAAGCCGACUGUCUGGUCCCCAGCGAGAUCCGGAAGCUGAAGGAGCGGAUCCGGGAGGAGAUUGACAAGUUCGGGAUCCAUGUGUACCAGUUCCCCGAGUGUGACUCAGACGAGGAUGAGGACUUCAAGCAGCAGGAUCGGGAGCUGAAGGAGAGUGCACCCUUCGCCGUCAUAGGCAGCAACACAGUGGUGGAGGCCAAGGGGCAGCGGGUCCGGGGCCGACUGUACCCCUGGGGCAUCGUGGAGGGUGAGUUCCAGCACAGACGCGGGGCGCAAGGGGAAAGGCUGUCUGGGGCCAGCACCCAUUCUCCACAACCCUGCCCACCCCCACUCCCCACAGUGGAGAACCAGGCGCACUGCGACUUCGUGAAGCUGCGCAACAUGCUCAUCCGCACACACAUGCAUGACCUCAAGGAUGUGACGUGCGACGUGCACUACGAGAACUACCGUGCUCAGUGCAUCCAGCAGAUGACCAGCAAGCUGACCCAGGACAGCCGCAUGGAGAGCCCCAUCCCCAUCCUGCCACUGCCAACCCCCGAUGCCGAGACUGAGAAGCUCAUCAGGAUGAAGGAUGAAGAACUGAGGCGCAUGCAGGAGAUGCUGCAGAAGAUGAAACAGCAGAUGCAAGACCAGUGACCCCGCCCCAGCCCCGAGUGCCUGGGAUGUGCUGCCUCUUUCCAGGAUGGCCCCUCCCACCCCGGACCCCAGACGGGCCUGGACUAGACCCUGAACUCACAUGGAUCUUGCACUGGCCUGGACCCAACCCCAGACCCAGCGUGGCCCCGACCAGACUGCUCCCCACCCAAAGACGCGGGGCCACAGCCCCCAGUGGACCCUAAUUUAUUCUCAUCAUCAGUCCCUCCCAGGUCAUUUAUAUCUGCUUCUGAGGGGCCCGGACAGUAGCCUCCUCCCGGUUGUCCCUCUCCGGCCUUGGGGAGCAGGAGCAGGAGCGAGCUACGUUGGGCCGGACUUCAGAGAUCCACUCCCCCUGGUCCUUGAAGGUCACAGCACCCAGGCUCCGCCCCGCUCUGGGAGGCGGGUAAACCAAGGCAGGAGAAGGAAACAUUCCCAGGGUGCUGGGCCUGUCCCCCCAACCCAGAGCCACAGAGCAGACUUGGGAGCCCCUCUAUGCCUGCUCCCCUGGGCCGCCCAGCUGUGCUGAGACCCCAAUUUUGUGCAGAGGUGGGCAGGGGCCUCCCUUACGCCUCACUCAGGCACCCAAGCCCAACAGGCAGGGGCGGGCGGGCGACUGGGGCAAAUGGGACCCCCCCAGGCGUCAGGAGGUGGGAGGCCUCUGGCGAGGAGGGCAGGGCAGGACACCCUUGACCACCACGCCCCUUCGUCACAGCCCGGCCAACCCGGAGGCCCCCCCGGGGCAGUGAACGAGGCCACCCUCGGCCACUCCGAGCCGUUCCCUCGGUAGCUCGAGGUCCCCUCUCCCCAGCAGCACUGUUGCGCGGUCCCGGGCCCUUGGCCUCCCUCCCUCUCCACCCGCAUGCCUCCCUCCCCUCCACCCUCUGCUCCGUUUUGUUCAGUUGUGAAUGCCGCCUCCUGUCCUGGUGACAGGAAAACAAUGUUGGUGAACGUC